AUAUAUUCUGCUCUGUUUUGAUGCCAUAAAUUGUAUUGCUUGGUUUUAUAUAAGAAGGGGUUGCUGUAACUCUUCCUUCAAUUAAUUAUUUCAUAACCUUCUCUCAAUUCAAUCUUCUUUCCAUAGCUCUCUCUCUCUCUUCUCUACCCACUAAGCAUCUCUUUCCAUCAAAUUUGUACACAAAGGGUCUGGGUGUGUACAAUUAUAUUCGAUUCCAAUAAAUGAAAAAUAGUGAGAUAAUUGAAAUGGUAGAUGGAAACGACAUAUCUAAUUAUCACAGAGAAACAAUCAGUGAGAUUGAUCCAAAAGUUUGUGGUUAUGUUGUGAGUUCUAUUGACAAAAUAUUGGAAGAACGGUUUCGAGUUGAUACAAAAUGUCACAAUAUAUAUCAACUUUCAAAAGAGCUACGCGAGAUGAAUCAUGCAUAAAGCCUAUAUCCCUCAAUUCAUUUCCAUCGGUCCUUUUCACCAUGGCACUCGAAAUGAUUUGACAGCUAAUGAACAUUAUAAGAUUUAAGGUUUUAAUAAUUUUCUACAUCGUAUAAAUAUUAAUUAUAAGUAGGUUGAAUCAUUGAAGGAGCUUGUGAAAAAAUGUCAUGGUUGGAUGAAAGAUGCUUGGAAUUGUUAUGCAGAACCAAUAGAGAUGGAGGAGAAGACGUUUGUUUUAAUGAUGCUUGUGGAUGCUUGUUUCAUACUCGAGUUUUUUAUACUACUAAUUGAUCCCCUUGGUCAUGGUCGUAAUCUAUUUGGAGUAGAUCAUUUUUUUCAAAUUCAAGACAUUGUAGACUUCUCAUUCUACCAAGGAAAAUUCUUUCAAAUACUUGUUGACUUGAUAAAGUUGGAAAACCAAGUCCCUUUUUUUCUUCUACAAAAUCUUUUUGACUUGAUACCAAAACGUGCUAUCCCUACUGGAGAAAAUGAAGUUGGCCUUAUCUCCUUGAUAGAUAUUACAAGCAUGAUUCUUAAGGGGUUUGUGUUCGUUCGUAAAUACAAGAUCAAUGAUUUGGAUCAUAAAAAACCUAAGCACUUGCUUGAUUUCUUAGGUUCUUACUUCUUUCCCUUGGCCUCUAAUGAUGAUCCUACACAGAACAAGCAAUAUGUGAUAACAACAAUUAGUGAUAAAAAAGACAACAAUUUGUUAAGGUUCAUUCGCCUCCUCUUUACGGCUCAUUGGCAAAAGAAAAAUAAUGAUUUAUUCAAUGUCUCGGCUAUGUGCUAUUCUUCAAAUAAGAAGACAACGACUAAUGAAGAAAACAGUGAGCAUCAUUUCAGGUUGAGUCCUCCAUCUAUGACAGAGUUAUGCGAGGCUGGUGUCAUCGUCAAAGCAGUAAAAAACGAAGAUACAUGUUUCAUGAACAUAAGUUUCGAAAAUGGGGUUUUGAAAAUUCCAUGUUUAGAAAUUGACUGUACCUUUGAAAUUGUGAUACGAAAUGUGAUAGCAUUUGAUCAAUACCCUGCAGGAAAUAAGAAUGCGUAUGCAAUCCACUAUGUGUUAUUCCUGGAUGAUUUGAUAAACACGGAGCAAGACGCGCAUUUACUUGCGAAUGUUGGAGUAAUAAUCAACACUUUAGGUGGCAGUGAUAAAGACAUUACAGAAAUGUUUAACAAUUUAUCUAAAUAUGUAACCUUCCCAGUUUGUUCCCACUUCGAUGAUAUCAGCAAAGAUUUACGUAAGCAUUGCAACAAAAGAUGGAACAAGGCCAUAGCUUCGUUGAAACACAACUACUUCAAUACGCCAUGGGCUAUUAUCUCCUUCCUUGCUGCGACUAUUCUCAUUUUUCUUACCAUCCUUCAAACAAUAUUCUCCGCUAUCUCUACAUUUCCUAACUAAGCUAUCCCUUACGCUUUCACUAUCCCUUUAUAUUUUGUAUUUGCUACAUUGUUGAAAAAUGUUAGCUAGAGGAGUAUAUAUUGUAAACCAAUAAAAUCCUAAAUAGACUUUCAUACGUACUAUGUACAUUUUACAACCAUAUUAGAAUAUAUAUCUCAUAUUGAAGUCUACGUAAUAAAAUUGAAACAUUUCAAAA